GAUCAUCUCACAGUAAUAGCGCAUGAUUACAGUAGUGCAUUUUAUUUAAGACGAGGAACCUGUUGAGAAUAACAGUUUUUGUAGUAUAGAGUCAGCAGGUACCGGAACAGAUACUGUUACUUGCAGCCUUAAGGUUUGGGAUUCAGCUCGAGAGUCGUCUGUCACCGACUUCCGGUGUCAUGAGGAAAUUACAGUCGAAGGAACUGCUUGUCUGACAGGUGUACUGAUGGCUGUGUUUGAGGAUCAUAUAUCAGGAAGGGUUACUGUGUACUCAGUGCCAGGAUGCCCGCAGUGUUUACAGGCCAAGGCUGCUCUAAAGGCAAUGAAUCUACCAGUGCAUGAAGUGGACGUGAGUCAUGAUGCAGCUGUCGGGGCUUGGCUGGAGAAGAUGACUGGAAGCAGCACUGUGCCACAGAUAUUCUUCAACAAUGUCCACAUAGGAGGAAACGAGAUCCCUCAAAAUUUGGCCCCUGAGGAACUUGAACGUCUGGUACGUUUGGUGAUGGAGAAGGCUGUGCCCCCAGACACCCUGCCAUUACCUGCAGUGAACAGCUCCGAGUCUGAGAAAAGUGACGGAGGAGCAGUUACAGCAUCUGAAUUAUCUGAGGCCAUGAGGAAUCUGAUCAUGAAACUGUACUCUGAUCACCUCUCUGCUGAUGGCAAGUCAGUGGACUAUAAAUCCUUGUCUAAAAGUGCUUGUUAUGAACGUUAUUGUGAGCUGGCAGUGUCCCUUCAGCGUGUGGAGCUGCUGUCUUUGAGUCAUGAUGAGAGGCUGGCCUUCUUCAUCAAUGUUUACAAUGCCCUGGUUAUCCACGGCUAUCUUCGCCUUGGUUUCCCCAAAAACAUAUGGCAGAGGUACCGGUUCUUCAACUAUGUGAGCUACCUAAUUGGAGGAGAAGUGUUCACACUGCAGGAUAUUGAGAACGGAGUGCUGCGGGGAAACAGGAAAGGAAUAGCGCAACUUCUGAAGCCUUUUUCCAAGAAUGACCCGAGACUACAGGUUGCACUUCCUGAAGCAGAGCCUCUUAUUCAUUUUGCACUGAACUGUGGUGCAAAAGGCUGCCCACCCAUUAGGACCUACACCUCAGAAGACAUUGGCAGUCAACUGCAGACUGCUGCUGGGGCAUUUCUGGAAUCUGAUGAUGGCUGCAAUGUGGAUACUGUGAAAAGAGAGGUGAAGCUUAGCCAGAUCUUUAAAUGGUACAAGGCAGAUUUUGGAGACACAGAAGAAAAGUUGCUGAACUGGGUUAUAACCCACAUGAUGGCAUCUCAGAAGAAAAAAAGUCUGAAAACUCUUCUAUGUACAGGGAAUGUUAAAGUUAGCUACAUGCCUUAUGACUGGUCCACCAAUAGCACACACAAUAAUUAAAACUCUGUUACUUAAGAGUUUAGGACUUCAGGAUGACCUGUCUAUUUCUGAUAGGUUUAUAUUUUCUGUAGCAAAUGCAUGAGAGCACAGAUAUUUUUUACUAUGGCUGUAGUUAGCUUCAUUGUGAAGACAAAAAGAAACCACAGAAAAGCUGGACUUCCUUAUAAGGGGAUAACUAUGCAUCUAGAUUCUAAACAAUAAUUCCUCUAAACUCCAAAGGGCAUGUUUUCCUACCAGCAUUUGUCCUAUUACUGGAACUUCCUUAAUGAUUAUUGACUCUGUAUUAACUUUAUUUUUGUUUAAAACUGUAUUAACAGUAUAGAAAUUACAAUAUUUUAUUGUUACUGUUUUAGUUAAUUUCACAUGUAUGAUCCACUAUUGCUAUGAAAACUAUAGUAUAUUUGUAGUAGUUAUAAGCACUUAGACAGUAAACUCUACUGGAAAUGUUUAGCAUGGACUAUUUUAGCAACUGGACUUAAAAGCAUAAAAAUGCACUGCACUGUACUAUAAUUAUAUUCACAUUGCUCACAGUAGGCAUAAACUUUAGAAAAGUGCAUUACUUGUGUUCCAUUUAGAAUAUCAAUAUUAAAGCUUACAUAAUAUCAUAUUAAUCGAUUUGUCUGUAUAACACUUUUCCAUGCUAAAAAUAAUGACUGGAGUGGAGUGUGUGUUGUAAGAUCAACUGCAUGUUGAAUGAAAAGGCUGAAAUACAUUUUCACCUCCAUAUUCAUUUAAAAAAAAAAAAUUUUUUCUGUAUUUUAUUAACUGAAAGUCCGACAGUAUAUAUGCAAGAUAGAAAAGAAAAAGAAAUAGACGGUGAAGGUUUUAUUAAAACGUUCACCGUCUCUUGAUUUGGAUUUAUUAUUAUACUUAUCCAGAAUUAAAUAAAUGCACAGCUGCCUAGCUAAUAAUGCAUUCAUUCUGUUGCAUGAACCUUGGUUAUAUAAUUCUUGAGCAAUAUUAUGCACUGAUGAAUAAAUUAUGAUAACACAAGCUUUAAAUACUAAGCACAUGUAUCCUCUGGCUUCUGACAGGAGUAAAUUCAUGAAAUACUCACAGGGCCAGUUAUCUGAAGUUUGUGAAUUGAAUGAUGUGAACGAUUGGAUGUGUGUUUAAAAACCAUAGAUUUGUUGCACUUCCUAUCAUAUGCAGCUGGAGUCACUGUUUAACUUGUAUUUUCCUUCAACAUUACCGUGCCACUGAAUUGGUGUAUGGGAUAAUGUGCAUGAAAUUAAAAAUACACUAAAUGUUUGCCUAAUAAAUG